AUGGAGGAAAAAACUUCUAUAUUAAAAAGAAAAAGCUUAAAUUGUACAAUUGCAAAUGAAACUGUUACUGAAGAUGUAGUGAACAAAGAUAAAGCCAGAAGAGUGAGUUUCUCGAGUAAGAACUAUGUAAAGCAUUUCAUGGUAGAUGAUGAAAAAAACACAAUGUGGGAUAGCACUUACGAAGAAACUGCUAAUCAACUGGAUGAAGCCAAUAAAUUGGAAUCUGCUGCAUUAUCAUCAGACAUGGAACUGACUUGUUUGUCAACAACUACUCGACAAGUGGAUAAUUUGGUUUUAUCAAAUACAUUAAUGAUUGAUGAAAAUAACACAACUAACGAUUCUAGUGUAGAUAUGGAACUAACUAGAAUGUCGUUUGGUAGAGAUGCAAUAAGUUAUUCCAAAGAAAAUAAUCAAGCACAAUUAAAUGACCCCCCAGCAGUGGAAAAUAGGAGAUCCGUUUGCAGGACUUUUGCUAAUGAUGAACAAAUAAAUGGCAGAUUGUCUGUAGAUAUGGAAUUGACGAGGAAUUUACAAGUGAAUAUUGCGAGAAUGGAAACGAAUUUGGAUGAUAUGGAAUUUACUGCAGUUUUAAAUACAAAAAUUCAAGAAAAUCCUAUCAAUCAAAAUUUCAAUACACCAACUCCCGAAGAUAUAGAAUUACCUCAAACAGAAGUUGAUAAAGAAAAUGUACCAGUUGCAAACAUUAAUAUUAUACGAGUAGAUAUAUUGCGCAGUCAAGAAACAACUUGCAAAGAGAUUAUUCAGAGUAAUCAGAGUAAUAUGGAUUUUACUAACGUGGAUCCCACCUACAAAGCGCCCAUAGGAGGGAAAUUUUCGAUUUUAAACGAAUUCGAUUCAAAGGAGAAUUCAACUGAAAGUGAACGCCUUCAAUUUCCUUCCACCGAGGAUGUCAGCAUUUUAUUGGAAACAUCGGAUCCCUGUGUAUCGAUGUCGGAUAUUGAAAACGAUGAUGUAAACUCUUCGAUCUCGGAUUCAAGCUACGCCGAAGAUUCGCAAUUUUUCGACGAAUUGCAAUAUAUCCAACAGAUAAACCUCCUGGUGUCACAAGUGCAAAACAGGAGAUCUCUAGACGAUACGGUACUUGGGGAGUGUGUUGAUGGGGCUUUGCAACAAUCCAUGCAGGAAGUCGCGUCUUGUAUUAGCGCUAUUGAUGAUACUGUUAGGAAAUUAAAACAGGCUAUAGCUACUAAUGUGGCGGAAUCGAAUCGAGAGCACGAGGAACUCCUGAACAGAUUUAAACAGGCAGAAUCAUUUUUCAGCGAAUUCCAAUGGCCCAAAAUACCAUUGGUACCUUUUAAGGAGUUGGAAAAGGCGCAAUGGGAGAGCAAAAGUUUAGAAGAAAAAAUCGAGGAUUAUAAUAGGAGUUCUUCGCAAUUUUGGGAAUACAAAAAGAAAGAAAAUGCCGAUUGUUUUUGUUUCUGUACUUUCCACAGCCUGGUUUGUUUUAAGGUCUAUGCUCAUCCAAUAUCGGGAGUUGUUCGGGACAUCGAGGCCUUCGAUAACAUAAGUAGUGAUGCUCCCGCAAUUCUUUUUUAUUUAGCCUUGUGUGUUAGAGAAACAAUGAAGCGGAAAAAGCUAAGUCAAGUAUUGACCGAUUCAUACACCAUUUUUUCGUUGUUAGACUAUAUGGAUUUGUUCAUGGUCGAUUUGAAAAAGUUUGAAAUGGAGUACGAAAGGUUGGAAAACUCCCAUUUCAGGAUGAUUAGAGGCGACACCGAGCAGACAUUUAUCUUUAGGUGCGUUUUCGUUGCUCCCGAAUUUUUAAUCGGCUGGAAAAUUAUGUUGGGAAUGUCGGCCAAAAAUAUCGGUUCCUUCAGUUCCUUAGAGGUGGAGAUAGAUGAAGUGAUGGGCGAAAUUGUGAAUAAAAACACCAUCUGGAAUUUGGCUAAAGGUCUCAAGGGAUGCAAAUCCUUGAGAACUUUCACUGGCAGAGUGCAUAAUUUAAUUAAAGAAGUAGGACCGAAAAGAAAAUCUAUAAGCUGCCAACGCAUUAGGAAAAAAUAUCCAUUUAUGAACUUUGAGCAAAUGUAUUAA